AUGGAGGAACAGAAAGGAUUCUGCGACGUGGUGACAUACCUCUGCGUGCUGGACGCACAUGUAAAGCGCGGCAACAUCCAGGAGGCCGCAGAGGUAUUCAGUUGGAUGCGUGCCAGGGGAAUGCAUCGCGACACUGCUGUUUACAGCACCAUGAUCAAAGGCCACUGCUUCCACAAGGACUUGGAGAAUGUGUUGGAGCUCUUCCACGAAAUGCGAGAGGAAGGUGUCCCCCACAGGACAAUGACCUACAACUCUGUCCUGGAAGCUUGUGUGAACUGCGGAGACAUAGUGUCCGCAGAGAACAUUUUCGACCAGAUGCAGACGGAGAUAGAAAUCAUGCCUGACCUGAUCAGCUACUCUACGGUCUUGAGAGGCUAUUGCCAGAAUGGAGAGCUGCUGAAGGCUCUUUGCAUGUUCGAUGACAUGAAAGAGCGACGCCUUCGCUGCGACGAGCUCGUGUACAAUACUCUCAUGGAAGGCUGUGUUUUGGCUGACGACUGGAGAGCAGGUUUCGGCCUCUUCAAGGAGAUGGUUUCUUCCGAACUCCGACCCUCGGCGAUGACCGCCAACAUUCUCUCAAGGCUUCUCCAGCGACUGGGGCACGAAAAUGCAGAUCACAAGGUGACGGAUCUCUUCGCUGCGGUCGGCCUGGAGAAGCCGCAGCAGCCGGCGUCCAGCCACGAGGUGCCCCCGACGCUGUUGGAAAGCCUGGCGGCACGUCGGGACCUGGACCUGGAGCCAAAGAGACUCAGCUUCGAGACGGCCGUGGACGUCAGGCUUCCCGUGCCGCCGCCAUCCACAGGCUACGGAACUUGGGACGACUCCAUGUGCUCGGUGGAGAAUCAGGGCCAGCUGGACAGUGGAUUGUCAAGAUCUCCUGCGACACCAAUGCAGGCUGAGGGCGCACCUGGGCAAGGCAUCGUUCCUCAGCAGCCAGCUGCCGAGGGAGAGGGUGAGACGUUUGGGGCGGUGUUGGAUGAGCUGGACCGACUGGACAUCCUGCUGAAUCUGAUGCCCGGGGCCUUGCCAUAG